UCCUUAUUACUUGCCAUGUUUCAUUGGCAGGCCACCAUAAUGGGUCCAGGUGACAGUCCGUACCAAGGAGGAGUAUUUUUUCUCACAAUCCACUUCCCUACUGAUUACCCGUUCAAGCCACCAAAGGUAGCGUUUACAACAAAGAUUUAUCACCCAAAUAUAAACAGCAACGGCAGUAUCUGUUUGGACAUUCUACGGUCGCAGUGGUCUCCAGCACUAACAGUGUCUAAAGUUUUAUUGUCUAUAUGUUCACUGCUUUGUGAUCCAAACCCAGAUGAUCCCUUGGUUCCAGACAUAGCACACAUCUACAAGAAUGACAAAGACAAAUACAAUAAACUAGCAAAGGAAUGGACCCAGAAAUAUGCCAUGUGAAGACUCAUCUAAAAGAAACU